CAGAGCUGCAAACAGACGUUCACACCUCUGCUGAAUAUGCCCGGACUUCUGCUCGGAGAUGAAUUUCCCAAUUUUGAGGCAGAAACCACCACUGGCACAAUUAAACUUCAUGAUUUUCUCGGUGAUUCAUGGGGAUCCUGUUCUCUCAUCCCAGAGAUUACACCCCUGUGUGCACCACAGAGCUGGGCCGAGCCGCCAGACUCAGCAGUGAGUUCAGUAAAAGGAAUGUCAAAAUGAUCGCCCUGUCCGUGGACUGCAUCGAGGAUCACCACGGCUGGACCAAGGACAUCCUGGCAUACAACUGUGAGGACUCUGCCUGCUGCUCGCUGCCCUUUCCCAUCAUAGCGGACAGUAAACGGGAGCUGGCAGUGGCCUUGGGCAUGCUGGACCCAGAUGAGAAGGACAAAGACGGCAUGCCACUCACCGCCCGCUGUGUGUUCAUCAUCGGCCCAGACAAAAGGCUCAAACUGUCCCUCCUCUACCCCGCCACCACGGGACGCAACUUUGACGAGAUCCUGCGAGUGGUGGACUCCCUCCAGCUCACAGCAGAAAGACGAGUAGCCACGCCGGCAGACUGGAGGCCUGGAGACUGCGUGAUGGUUCCUCCCAGCAUGUCUGAAGAGGAGGCAGCCACUUUGUUCCCAGCUGGCAUCUACACAAAAGAUCUACCAUCUGGAAAGAAAUACCUGCGUUACACACCCCAGCCAAACUGAGAGAACAACAUUUACAGCCAAAUGGUGUC